CGGUUACUGAAUUCUGUUAGAUUGUUUUACAUCUAUUACCAUGUGAUUUUGACUAGUUUUACGAAUAAAACAUUCAUUUAAAAACAUCUUUGAAAUUAGCAAGAUGCAAUAAAAUUUACAGAAUUUAACACAAACUUAUAAUUGCUUGUGUACUCACGAUUUGAAACGCAAUGUAUAAUGCGACGCAACAAUGCCACUCUGCGGACACAUGUGGUAUUAAUGUGAUCGAUAGAGAGAAAAUAAGGUAGUGUAUGUGCAUACAAAAGAAGCGGCGUAUGUACGGCUGCACACGUACACGGAAAAAGAAAGAGAGAGAGAGAGAGAGAAAGAAUAAGAGGUUAGGUGUUCGCCGAGGAAAAAGUGUAGCGUGAGCGAAAUCUUAAUUGCGAAAGAAUGGAUUUUAAUGUGAAAAAGUUGGUGAAAGAUGCUGGAGCCGCCCUCAGCAGAGUCGUACAGUUGACAGAGGAAACACUAGGAACUUCAGAAAAAACAGAGUUGGAUGCACAUUUAGAGCAUCUAGCAGAGAGAGCAAAUGCCACAAAAACAUGGACAGAGAAAAUACUACGAAAUAUGGAGGCUGUGCUCACUCCUAAUCCUGGCAACAGGAUUGAAGACUUCUUUUACGAAAAAAUUGAUAAGAAGAAACCCAAUAGGUUGAGCAAUUUAGAAUAUGUAGGCACAGAUAUGAUAGACGCUGGAAAUGAUUUUGGCCCUGGAAUAGCUUAUGGUAACGCCUUAAUAAAAGUUGGUCAGUGCCAGCAGAAAUUAGGACAGAUUGAAAGAGAUUUUAUAGGAACCGCAGCUAACUGUUAUAUACAGCCUCUGAGAAAGUUUUUAGAUGGAGAAAUGAAGACUGUCCAGAAGGAGAUGGCAAUAUUGGAGAAUAAGAGGCUUGAUCUAGAUGCGUGUAAAAAUAGAGUAAGGAAAGCUAGAAGUAUGCUGGGUCAACAGAGUGAGUCCGGCAUAUCGCCCGAAGUAUUGCUUGAUCAGGCAGAGAGGGAGCUGAGGAUAGCGCAGUCGGAGUUCGAUCGACAGGCAGAGAUCGUGAAAUUGCUGCUGGAAGGAGUCUCGAGCUCGCAGGCUGGUCACCUGCGAUGUCUGCACGAGUUCGUAGAAGCGCAGGCUCGUCAUUACGCGCAAUGCCACGCCGUCAUGCAGGACCUACAACGCGAGCUUGCGGGGGCGCGUCAACCGAGCCCUUUGCUGAGAGUCAACAGCGAGGAAGUGAUCGAGCUAACCCCCUCGCCUACUAAUCCCUCAAACUCGUUCGUGUAUCCUCAAAAUUCGUCUGUAACCGCUGGAUCUACUGCUUACGUUACUGCUACAUUCGAUACUGAUAUCAGUAAAGUCUAAAUUUUAUCUCUUCAGACGAUUCUUAACGGAUUGUUGCACAUAUCUAAAGAGUUAAUCAAUAGAUCUACCCUAUCGCCGUUACACACUUUUUUCUUCAAAUAGCAAUGUUUAUCGAAGUGACUUUCUAAGCAUGAGUUAAAAAACAAACAAAUAUAUAUAUAUUAAAUAGAGCUUGUUUCGCUUAAUCGAAGGAUCUUAGUCCUAUUAUCAAAUAAAUAUUCCGUAUAACUACUUUGUAUAUCUACGCAGGAUGUAUAGAAUAGGAAAAAUAUUAUUCUCUCGAUAAACAAUUUUGUGAACGAUUUACGGCGAUGUACCAUGUUCUUUUUCUGUCUUUUUUCUAUUUCUUUUAUUCUCUUUGUCUUCUAUUCUCUUAUUGUUAUUCUUUGAGAAUGAUUAUUUAUAAAUCGCCGUAAUUCGACGGAGAAUGCCAUAAUGGCAUAGAGAAAAAAGAAACUAAUUUCCAAUGCUGUAAUAAUGCCAUGUAACUAAACAACGACGUUAUUGUAGAUAUACACGUACUGUUUUCUUUUUGUGUUUGUACAAUGAUAUUUAAUACAGUGUUACACGCUGUAUGGAAAAAAACUAAAAUUCUCAUUUAUGGGUAUCGGAGUGAAAUAUGUAACAUUGGUGUGCAUGUUAUUUUGACGGAAAUUUAGAUACACAUACUUGCAAAAAAACAGAUUCUAUUGAAUAAAAAUAUCUCUGAAUUAAGAUCCAUUCUUCUUAAAUUGCUUGAAAGCAAAAAUUGCAAGUAACCGUAUUCAAAAAAAAGAGAACUUAAUUCUUUAUUAAAAGUUUAUUUACAAAAACUACGUGCGCACUGUAUAUUCAAAUUUAAUUUAUCUCACCCAGCGUAUCUGGGGGUCUUUAUUACAACACCCCGCCAACGACCGUCAAUGCACUAGCCGAAAACGGUCAGGAGCACAGAGCGAGAGUGCUGUGC